CAGAGCAGACCCCGCCCGGCUAGGAGGAGGGAGGGUGAGUUGGGGGGAGACCCGGCCCCCAAGGGGCGGGCGCCGGGCAGGGCCCCGCGGGCGGCCGAGGGUUGGGCCGGACUCCCGGCCCCCCACCGGGGGCCGGCUGACAGGGGGAGGAGCCCGCUGGGAGGGCCGGGGUCUCGGGCUGGGGAGCCGGGCCGGGAGUGCAGCGCAGCGAGGCGCACCGCGGCCGCGCCCCGGGAGGGCUGUUCGGGCCAGCGCCCGCCGGCUCCUCGGUGCUGACGGCGCCUGGCUGGGGCGGGGUGGGGGACUUCGCAGGCCGUCAUUGUCGACAUGCUGCUGGAGGAGGUCUGCGCCGGCGACCGGCUGAGUGGGGCCGCGGCCCGGGGCGACGUGCAGGAGGUGCGCCGCCUUCUGCAUCGCGAGCUGGUGCAUCCCGACGCCCUCAACCGCUUUGGCAAGACGGCGCUGCAGGUCAUGAUGUUUGGCAGCACCACCAUUGCCCUGGAGCUGCUGAAGCAAGGUGCCAGCCCCAAUGUCCAGGACACCUCUGGUACCAGUCCAAUCCAUGACGCAGCCCGCACUGGAUUCCUGGAUACCCUGAAGGUCCUAGUGGAGCAUGGGGCUGAUGUCAACGCGCCUGAUGGCACCGGGGCACUUCCCAUUCAUCUGGCGGUGCAAGAAGGUCACACUGCUGUAGUCAACUUUCUGGCGGCUGAAUCUGAUCUCCAUCGCAGGGAUGCCAGGGGGCUCACACCCCUGGAGCUGGCACUGCAGAGAGGGGCUCAGGACCUCGUGGACAUCCUGCAGGGGCACAUGGUGGCCCCGCUGUGAUCUGGGGUCACUCUCUCUAGCAAGAGGACCCCAUGGGGUUAUAUAUCAGGAGAGAGGGGAAGAAACACUUUCUCUUCUUGUUUCUCCUGCCCACUGCCGCAGCAGGGGAGGAGCACCAGUUUGUGGCUUAUAGGUGUUGGUUUUGGGUGUGUGUGUGUGUGUGUGUUUGGGGGACGUUUCUCAUUUGUUUUUCUCACCCCUUUUGGUGUGUUGGACAGAGAAGGGCUCCGCAGUCCACAGCCACCUAAACGGUUCAGUUUCUUCUGUGCCUCAGACAAGGCAAGGGCCGAGCAUUUAAGAGUGAGGUCGUCAUUUCCAGAGCUCCUGGAACCUGGUGACCUUGGCCAGCUGUGCUCAGAGACCUGAAGUGACGUUGCUUCAGGCAUGGGGGUGGGAGAGCGUCCUAAAUCAAUAAGAAGGUAGCAUGAGUUUAUAUUCUGUUGGAAGCUUGUUUUCCAGUCUCUUGUACAGCGUUUUAAAAGAAAUGGAUUCUAUUUAUUAUGCUUUAUUGGAAAAAAUGUUGUGUGUAAUAAUUUAAUGUUUUUACCCAUUAAAUUAAGAUUUGUGCAUGAUCACA